AUGAAAGCUUCGCUGUACGAUCGUCUUUGGCGCCGCGAAUCCGGCGAGCAAUCGCGGUAUGCGAGCCUUAGUGGCAUUUACGGGUCGAAGGAAUGGGUAAAUGAUUUGGAUAUAGUUAAUGAACUGGGUGGACAUAUGGGGUGUAUAAAUGCGCUAUGCUGGUCUGGCUCUGGCCGAUUGCUGGCAUCAGGUUCGGACGAUAAGCAUGUCAACCUUUAUUCCUAUCAACCGGAUUCGUCGACCGCGCCUUUCGCCCUCAAUACGACUAUCAUGACCGGACACCGGGCCAAUAUCUUCUCUGUCAAGUUCAUGCCGCACUCCAACGACCAGACAUUGGUGACAUGCGCGGGGGAUUCACAGGUGCGUGUCUUCGACAUCGAGUAUUCGAACAGCAGCAGCAAUGCUGCCGCCGCAUUGGUGUUUAACGCAUCUGCGCGAAGUCGUCGGUUUGAUAACUUCUUCAAUGGUGCACGUUAUUUGAGCGAGAGGAAUACCAACGCGAGGGUCUACCGCAGCCAUGCGGAUCGCGCUAAGCGGAUUGUCACCGAAUGGUCGCCUUAUCUGUUCCUUACGUGCUCCGAGGACGGUGAGGUGCGCCAGUGGGAUCUACGACAGCCAUCUUCCGCCUAUCCGCAGCCGCGGGGUGGUCAGGGUUUCAUGGCGUACCGGCCGGGGCUUGAUCAUGAUGAUUCGAAUGUUCCGCCGCCGUUGAUCUCCUAUAAGCGGUUCCAACUGGACCUCAACACCAUCUCCUGUUCCCCUAGCCAACCGCAUUACAUUGCCUUGGGCGGCGCCCACCUCCACUGCUUCCUUCACGAUAGACGUAUGCUGGGACGCGAUCUCCAGGCCGAAAGAGGAGACCCCGGGAGCUCUUCUCCGCGAAGUAGUGGUAGUAGCCGUGACGACGAAAUGAUGGGGCAAGCGACCAGAUGUGUACGACGGUUCGCACCCCAUGGCAAGAAACGAAUGCGGGCCCGUGACAAUGGCCAUAUCACAGACUGUAAAAUUAGCAACUCCAACCCGAACGAGAUGAUCGUUAGCUGGUCCGGCGACCACAUUUACAGCUUUGACUUAAUCCGGAGCCCCGAUGCCAGAGAUCCCCAAUCCACCCGAGAAAACCCCAUUACCGGCUCGCCCCGUCCUCGUAAGCGGAAAAGCUCAAAGGCUAAGAAGCGUAAGCGCCGCCAAGAGCAAGAAGAGGAAGCCUCAUUUUCGUCGCAAGCUAGCGGUAAUCGACAUGAGUCUCGUCGCCGCUCCCAGGAAACUGAUGAUGGCGGCGAGCUCGCGUUUAGAGUCCGUUACGGCAAUGGGGAGUCGGAAGAUAUUCCUCUGCCAACGCUGUCUGAGACGUUCUUCGAUGCGCCGGAGGAAGUGAUCGAGCGAGCUCGCAAUGCUGUGCUCACUGAUACCCAGCGGUUAAGCGUGCGCAUUGCAAAGCGUCUGGUUACGCUCCGCAAAGCCCUCUUUUCACUGGAGUCUGCUUUGCACGAAAUUAGUAAUGUGUCAUUAUCGGAUGAGGCGGAGUCAGCGCCCACUCAUCGAUUCUUUACGUCCUCACUCGCACACGCCUCGUACUGUCUCAACCAGAUGAACGGGGUGAUGAGUUCAUGGUCCUAUCCUCUCAACCCUACACCCGACAUGGUGAAUUUCCAGCAAACGCUCCGCCGGAAUCGAGAAGCUUGCUGGCGACUCGUCCAAGGCGCAGGGACCAUGCUCCGUAUCCUAGGAAGCGUGGCGGAAAGCUCAUCAGAAGCGGUAGAAGGAAGACCGGGCAUUGUUGACGUUGACCUGUUCCAGCAGAUAAGACCCUCUCCGGGUGAGAGCACUCUUGAUCCGCCGGUGCAGUUUGGAUAUGAUUUUCUCAAAGCUAUUUUGCUUUGGGUGGAAGGUGGGAGAGCUGCUCUUUUGUCUGGGUUCAAGCGCGAUCCCGCGCAGAGACGUAACCAGUCUCGGUUCCCGGUUCCAGAGGCUGCUGGGGAUGAAGCGAUUGAGACGGUUUUGGUUCCGUAUUUGCAAAGCCUUGCUGGUGAUACGCCUAUCGUGAAUGUUGAUGCUUCGCGGUUCGAGCAUGAUAGUACGCGGCUGUUGUUCCCGACACAACAUGCGGCGUUGACAGCGUUCGCAAAUGCCAUUAGAUUACCUUUGGAGGACCUUAAUGAUACCGCGGCCCGUGUCGACGGCCAUGGCGAGGAGUCCACUGAUACCCCGCAAGUGCAGGCCCUUGACAGAGGCGCCACAAAACGCUUCUGGGUCCUCAAAGCAGGCCGCGGAAUUCUGAUGGAGACAGCCUCCGGCGUGAACUUUGAAUACUGCAAGUGGGCCUUUGGCGGUUUGCGCACGACGACCGUUGAAGACGACGAAAGCGAUGAAGCCGAGGAUAUUGAACUGGGACAGGAGAGGUCACAGGAGGACAUUGAUCCUAAUGAAGAAGAGGAACCGAUUCGGGACAUAAACCUGGUUAGACGGGGCUCGGGAUCGUCUGGGCCGGGGAGGUAUGAUGGGAGUGAGACUGCCGUGAGUGAUAUAUCAGCUUUGAGCCUUUUGGAAAGGAGGUUUCCGGGUGGUCACGAUGGCGAUGACGAUGCCCCUGGCGAUGAUGGCGAUAUCGAAAUCGACGACAUCGACGAUCUGGCAAGUGCCAGCAGUAAUGGGAGUGAUACCAGCGACGAGGAUGACAAUGACGAUGGCGUUGCUUAUGGCGAGAAUGAAGACGAAGAUGAAGAAGAUGUGGAAAUCGCAGAGCUCCUAUCCGGAUCGAACGGAUUCCCACGAGCACGACGGGAGCUUGUCGAAAUCGAUGCUCCCUGCGAUACACAUACCAGGGUUUAUCGUGGACAUUGCAAUAUCAAAACCGUCAAGGACGUCGGUUUUUUCGGUCUUAAUGAUGAGUAUGUUGUUAGCGGCAGCGACUCGGGACAUUUGUUCAUCUGGGAUCGACAAUCGAGUGAUCUGGUUAAUAUCCUCGAAGGAGAUAGCGAUGUUGUCAAUGUUGUACAGGGCCACCCCUACGAACCAACCAUCGCCGCUGCCGGAAUCGACAGCACCGUCAAGGUCUUCUCCCCGGACCGCAAAGCGCAAGACGAUGCCCAUCAUGGCAUUAACAUCCUCAAUCCCGAUCAUCCUGUCAAUGCGCUUGGCAGCGACUCGAAUAUCUGCGGUCUAUCGAGUUGUCGGCGCAUGCAUGAUAGUUAUCGCAUUAUGAGCCAGAAUGAUGUUGAUCGGCAGGGUGGGAUGAGUGAUGCUUAUGUUACGAGGAGUAUGUUGGCAAGACUCGCUACGAAUUUGAGACAUAGGCAGCUUCAAGGUGAUGGCGAGGGAACGACUCUUGUCGUUGAUCCGAAUUGCGCUAUGAUGUGA